GAUUGUUUUUGUCGUCCUUUUUGUGCAACAAUUCACCAAACCAAUAUAGCGAAAGAGACGGUUAUCACAGGUCAAUGUAUUUGCUAAACAAUUAAAAUGUACCAAAAAACAAAUUAAAUAGAAUAACCAAAAGGGUUAAAAAUGUAAUUACACCCUUGAUUUUCCUCGCCCUCCACACUAGUUCCUCUUUUCUCCCGCCAAAUACAGCUCAAUUACCAUUUCCAUGGCUUCAAAAAUACAAAAAAAUCUUCCAAUUUUACCCUUCAGACGCCAUUUCUCCGUCGCCAGAACCUCACCGUCGCCGGCAACUAAAAUCGGAAACUUACUCCUCAUAGCUUCAAUUACAAAAUCCCUCUCAAAACCCGGCGGUAUUCAUAACCUAGAACAUUACACAAAUACCCUUCCCUUAACCGAAACCCUAGUCCUCCAAAUCCUCCGCCGCAACAAUUUACCCGCCGCCACAAAACUCUCCUUCUUCAAAUGGUGUUCAUACAAUCCAAAAUUCAAACACACCGCGAAAACUUACAGUGAAAUGCUCAGAUUCAUGUGUUAUUCUCACCAUUAUCGUAAAGAAAACAACGGUGAUAUUUUUAUGCUGUUGAAUUCCAUGAAGAAUGAUGAAAUUGUUAUUGAUUCCGAUACAUUUAAGUUGUUGCUUGAUUCGUUUACUCGUAAUGGCGAUUUUGAUUCGGCUCUUGAGAUUUUAGAAUUUGUUGAAAGUGAUAAUUCGAGUUUUUGUUUAAAUCCUGAUGUGUAUAAUUCUGUGCUUAUUGCUCUCGUUCAGAAGAAUCAAGUUGAUAUAGCUUUGUCGAUUUUUGUUAAAUUGUUGGAAACUAAUAGUGUUGGAGUUAGUAGUAGCGUUGCUUGUAAUGUGUUGCUAGUUGGACUGAGGAAGGGGAAUAUGAGAGCGGAGUUUAAUCGUGUUUUUGAUAAGCUUAGAGAGGGAGAGAAUAAGAAUGUGUUUCCAUUUGAUAGAUGGGGGUAUAAUAUAUGCAUUCAUACGUUUGGGUGUUGGGGGGAUUUGUCUAAAUCGUUGAGUCUUUUUAAGGAAAUGAAGGGAAGGGGGAGUUGGUUUAGUCCGGAUUUGUGUACUUAUAAUAGUUUGAUUCAUGUGCUUUUCUUGCUCGGGAAGGUUGAGGAUGGUCUUGUUGUGUGGGAGGAAUUAAAAGGGUCUUCGGGGUUGGAACCUGAUGGUUAUACUUAUCGAAUUGUUAUACAAUGUUGUUGUAAGGCGUAUAGGAUUAAUGAUGCGAUAAAAGUGUUUAGUGAAAUGCAGUACAAUGGUAUACGUCCGGAUACUAUUGUUUAUAACUCCCUUUUAGAUGGAUUGUUCAAGGCAAGAAAGUUGACGGAUGCAUGUAAUUUAUUCCAGAAAAUGAUUGACGAUGAUGGUGUCCGAGCUAGUUGUUGGACGUAUAAUAUUCUUAUUGAUGGCUUAUUCAAGAAUGGGAGGGAUUUGGCUGCUUAUACUCUAUUUUGUGAUUUGAAGAAGAAAAAUAAUAAUUUUGUUGAUGGGGUUACGUAUAGCAUUGUCAUUUUGAAUCUCUGUCGGGAAGAUAGGCUUGAAGAAGGACUGAAGUUGGUGGAAGAGAUGGAAGCUAGAGGGUUUAUGGUUGAUUUGGUUACUAUAACUUCUCUUUUGAUUGCAAUCUACAGGGAGGGACACUGGGAUUAUACGGAGAGGCUUAUGAAGCACAUCAGGGGUAGCAAUUUAGUUCCGAUUAUUAUCAGGUGGAAAGACAGUAUGGAGGCUACGAUGAAAGCUCCACAAAGCAGAGAAAAGGAUUUUACACCCAUUUUCCCAUCCAAUGGGGACUUCGGUGAUAUUCUAAGCCGAGAAAAUUUAACAGACGCUGAGACUGAUACUGUUCUUGGGGUGGAGGAUGCUGACAUACACUAUCAGGAAAGUGAUCCGUGGUCAUCAUCGCCAUAUAUGGACAUGCUGGCUAAUAAACUUAGCUUCCAAAGUAAUUCUACAAGAAUGUUCUCUCUUACUGCAGGAAAACGAAUUGAUACUAAAGGUGCAGAUUCUUUUGAUAUGGAUAUGGUGAAUACCUUCUUGUCGAUAUUUUUGGCCAAAGGAAAGUUGAGCAUGGCUUGUAAAUUAUUUGAAAUUUUCACCGACAUGGGUGCUGACCCUGUUAGUUAUACUUACAAUUCUAUGCUGAGUUCAUUUGUCAAGAAGGGAUAUUUCAAUGAGGCAUGGGGCAUUUUACAGGAAAUGGGCGAGAAGGUUUGCCCCUCCGAUGUAGCAACGUACAAUGUCAUAAUCCAAGGCUUGGGAAAGAUGGGAAGGGCUGAUCUUGCUAGCGCCGUACUAGACAAACUGAUGAAGCAGGGAGGUUACCUUGACAUUGUAAUGUAUAACACAUUGAUUAAUGCCCUCGGGAAGGCUGGCAGAAUUGAGGAAGUAAAUAAGCUUUUCCAGCAGAUGAAAGAUAGUGGAAUAAAUCCAGAUGUUGUCACUUACAAUACACUAAUCGAAGUUCAUGCCAAGGCAGGUCAGCUUAAGCAAUCUUAUAAGUUUUUAAGGAUAAUGCUGGAAGCAGGGUGUGCUCCGAAUCACGUCACUGAUACAACUUUGGACUUUCUGGAGAAAGAGAUUGAAAAUCUGAGAUACCAAAAGGCAUCCAUUAAACGCCCAAAUGUAGACAACCCUUUAUGAGAAACAGCUUUACACUUCGGACUUCAGAGGAGUGAGUUCAGCAGCCGGUGUUUUCUCAUCUGAACGAAAAAAGGACCCAACAACACAACUCAACUCUUCUCCUCAUCAGGGUGUCGCCACUCAGAGUACUGAUGAAUACAAUUUCAGAAUCGCGAUGUCAACAUGUCAAUGUGCUUCCCUCAGGACUUGUGAAAGGUGUCUCCCAAAUAGCUAUUCUUGAACCAGUCGAUCCAGAUUGCAUCUCUAUACAGCUGGUGAUGAGAGGCCAUCUUCUUUCCUUGAUAGUUGAGUAAAGGCCUAAGAAGUCUACUAGAGGAGGCAAUUACAUCUCUAGUUAGCCUUGACAAUCUGGCACGAGGGAUGGAGACUGACAUUCAAAGAUGACCUGUGCUAAGUUGAAGCAAAGAGAUUGAAAGCUAUUUCAAGUAUCCUCAUCUCUGUUAAUAAACAAGAUGAGCAAACAGAGACAUGAUCCCAUCAGUUUUGGGGGCUUUUCCUUCAAUGAAUUGGUUGAAGUGCAAUACGGAUGGUGCAUGUGGAGGAAAUCCUGGAAAGAGUUGUUAUGGCUUUUUGUAAACGUGGUGCAUCGCCUAAAAUGGGAGUUGGUGUCUAUAAUCUCUUUAUACUAGCUUUCCCCCCCAUAGAAUUAGCUGCGUGUAAGCUGACUCAGACACAAUGAUAUAUAAUCUUUUAGCAAAGUCAUGUUCUUAGCCAAUGUAAGGGACAGGUUUGACAACAUCAAACACUGAGUGAAAUUAGACAUA